AUGAAUAGGAAGAAGAUAGCUUUUCAGAAAUCACCCUUCCUCCUAUUUUAUUUAUCUGAUGAAUGUUGGGAGCAUGUCUUCAAAUUUCUCAUCAUCUGCAGCGAAGGUGAAACCGAAAACAAACACAAACUCUACUUUAAAUCUCUAUCUCUCGUCUCUAAACGGUUUCUCUCCAUCACCAACAGACUUGUAUUCUCUAUCACCAUUUCUGAUCAUUCAUCUCGUCUUCUCCCUAGUUUCUUCCAUAGAUUCCCCAACCUUAAUUCCCUUCACCUCCACUUCGGCUCCAGUCGUCUCGACUCAACCAUUGCUUUGACUCUCCGUGACAGACCAACAUUGAAAUGUUUAUCCAUUUUCAAUAUUGAGCUAAACGAUGCAAAUGGCAUUACUUCACAAUACAUCGAUUCCCUCGUCACUUUGAAGGGUUUGAAUAUUCUUAAGUUCUGUUAUUCACAUAUCUCAGAUGAUUUACUGUAUUCUAUUACAAGGGAAGUUCUUCCUUUGAAGAACUUUGUUCUCAAGAAUUGUAUCGGCUAUAGUUAUGAUGGAAUUUAUUGUUUGUUAUCCAAAUGUCCAGAGAUACAACAUUUGGAUUUGCAUCAAGCUGAUUUCUUAAGGGACCAUCAUAUUCACCAGUUAUCUUUGUUUCUUGGUAGUUUGCUCUCUAUAAAACUUUCUAAGUGUUUGAAACUCACAAAAUUAGCCUUGUCUUUCCUCAUUAGGAACUGUCAUUUACUUAGUGAAAUUACAAUGGAAGACAUUAAAAUGGAGACCGCACAAAAUUCUGAUUCUUUGAAGGAUUUUGACGUGAACCCUCAAUUAAAGUCUCUAUGUUUGGGUCACGGUGCCUUUAUAUUAAAUAAAAACAUCAUAUUGUUUGCUUCUAUUUUCCCUAAUUUGCAGCAUCUUGAUUUGAGUUAUUGCAAUAGCAUAUGUGAAAAAGGUAUUUGUCAAGUUCUAAGAACAUGUUCUAAGGUUAGACAUUUGAACUUGGGGUAUUUUUAUAAAGUUAGACGACUUAAAAUGAAUUGUGUAGUUCCUCAUAUGGAGGUGUUGGACUUGUCAGGUACAAAGGUUGAUGAUAGAACACUCUAUCAGAUCUCAAAAAGUUGUUGUGGGCUUUUGCAACUAUUAAUGCCAAAUUGUAGAUAUGUCACAACAAAAGGAGUGAUGCGCGUGAUUAAAAAUUGCACACAUCUGAAGGAGAUCGAUUUGAGAGGCUGUCAUGGAGUGACAACUAAUGGUGUUAUCUCAACUCUUUUAUCAAGACCAACAUUAAAAGAGAGAAAACUCUUCUUGCAUAAUGGAUGUCUUUUCUUCAAAUGA